AUGGUUGGAUAUGGCGUUGCUGCAACAACUAAAUCUACAAAAGCAAAGGAAGCUUCGGGCAGCCUGAGAACCGAGAUGCGUGAUGAUUACCUGUACGAUGACCGUUCAAGGACCAAUGUUCCUAAACGAGAAUAUCGACAGAGAUCGAACCAUACAAACCUUUCUGAGUCCCGAUCAGUAUCCCAAGACAAAUCUGCCUCGAGAUAUCACGACCUCCGUCAGGAGCUAAGAAAAAGAAGAGACUCGCGUGGUCGUGAGGUAUGGAAUCGCCUAGAUCGUAGCAAUCUCGAGAAGCGACAUUCAGGCAGAGAUCGAUACCACCCGUAUGAGAAAUCAACGAGUGAACGGAGGGGCUCUCGGGAUUUGAGAAAAGAUUCCCAGCAAGUCUGGCGUCCAAAAAAACCCCAACAACUCGAUACCCCGACCUCUAGAAUCUCUAAUCAGGAGAGAGCUGUACGAGAACCGCCCUCGGACUCGCAACGAACUGUUUCUGAUAUACCAAAUAAUAGGGAAAGGAGCCAGAACCAAGCUAAGGGCCUGCUGAUCACAUAUCCUACUGAAGCUGAGAAAGAGCUAGUCUGGAAGAGAAAGGGGAAGGAACAUGCGGUGGAACUCUCAAAAGAGGAAAAACUGCUGAGGUACAUGGAACAACCUCCACCAUUGAGGAACCUCUCUAUCACAGAACCGGCCCCUCACAGAGCUCCAAAUCCCGAAAACGAGACACAACAACUUCCGGACCCAAAUGCUCUCCUGCUACCUCCAUCAGACACAAUGGUGCCAAUCUCCCCAAUGGAGGAAGAGUUCCUAGCGGCUAUGGAAGAGGGAGAACUCGAUGAAACCCUCACGGCGGCACAAAUCGACUACAUGAUCAAUGAACUUGCUGAGAGUGGACUGGAUGAUGAGAUGCUGGAGAAUGAUGACCUUCUCGGAGAGGAACUGGCUUCUGAUGAGGAAAAGAUUGAUGCUAUUUCACAACUCUCUCCACUGGUUUUUCAGGAUAAAGAGUAUGAUGACGAGAUGCAGGAACAAGAGGCUGAGAUCCCACAGAACAAAGACAAGGGGCUCCAGAACACCCCUCAAGGAAGAAAGAAGAGAUCCGUACCCAGUCCGGAGAAGAAGGGUCGACAUGCCUCGAGGAAACUCCAAGCUCUCCGCCUCAAACCAUCUCCAAAGAAGAAGCCACCAACGGGUAAAACAUCAAAACCUUUGGCUUCAUCUCGUCUCCCUCAUAAUGAGGUGUUUCCCUCUGCUCUAAGCAAGAGAUCUUCUACUGUUUUAGGUUCGGUGGUGUCCCAGAAACCACCCAAGGGGCUAAUCGGUGGACUAGCUUUGUUUUACUUUGAUUCUUUUAAUGUCAAGAUUAUCUCCUCAAACAACCGGCUAAUUGACAUCGAAGCCACCAUUGAAGAACAUAAAGUUUUUAUGUCUUUUAUUUAUGGAGAUCCGGUAUAUGAACGCCGUGACAAAGUAUGGGAUCAACUUAGUCAACUCAGCUUGACUAGACAUGGACCAUGGUUUAUGAUCGGAGAUUUCAACGAGAUGGUAGGGAAUCACGAGAAAAGAGGAGGAAGACGACGCGCUGAAUCAUCCUUCUUACCAUUUCGGUGCAUGCUCGAUGAUUGUGGCAUGAUAUUGUUUCUAUGUAAAGGUAAUUUCUUAUCAUGGAUGGGCUAUCGCAGCUCAGGAAAAGUACAAUGCCGGCUUGAUCGUGCAGUGGGGAAUGAGGAUUGGCACCACUGUUUUUCCCACACUAAUGUGGAGUAUCUAAGGUUAUGGGAUUCAGACCAUAGGCCAGUUUUGGCUAGAAUCUCUUCUAAAAUCAUCAAGGCCAAACGAAAUUUCAAAUUUGAUAAAAGAUGGCUCGGCCAAGAGGGCUUUAGAAUGACAGUCGAGAGAGGAUGGGGUCUUUCACGAGAUGUGGAACGGGGGAAUAUACAUGCAAAAGUUCACACAUGUCGUCGUGCUAUAUCUGCAUGGAAGAAAACAAACCAGACUAAUUCACAAAAAAAAAUCGAAGACCUAAAAGAGAAGCUGGAACGUGCACAAAGAAGGGGACCGAAAUACCAAAUUCUUCCAUGCCACCACCAAGCAAAGAAGAGCAAGAAAUCGGGUCACAAAGCUAAAAAAAAAAACGAUGGAACAUGGGCUGAGACGGAGGCCGGUAUUGAAACAGUAGCGACGGAGUAUUUUCAAAACUUGUUCACAUCAUCUCAACCACGGGAUUUCGAAGAAGCACUCCGCUACGUGCCAACACAGGUCACUCCUAAUAUAAAUCAAGCACUAAAAAAGCGCCCUACCACGGAGGAGAUCCAACAAGCAAUAAAAGAGAUAAAUCCUGCUCCCGGCCCCGACGGUAUGACAAGCCUUUUCUUCCAACAAUUUUGGGAUGUCACUGCAAAUGAUAUAAUAUCUAUGGUCAAGGAUUUCUACAUAAGCGGAACUCUAGACCCAAGGCUGAACAAUACAAAUAUCUGUCUCAUCCCAAAGAUAGAACGGCCAAAAGAAAUGGCGGAGUUUCGACCCAUAAGCCUCUGCAAUGUUAGCUACAAGAUUAUCUCGAAAAUCUUAUGCAAACGUUUAAAACGUUUUCUCCCGAAAUUGAUCUCGGAGACCCAAUCAGCCUUUGUGGCUAGACGGCUUAUCACAGACAACAUAUUGAUCGCUCAAGAAGCUUUUCAUGCUCUCAGAACAAACCCCAGCUGCAAAUCUAAGUUCAUGGCUAUCAAGACAGAUAUGAGUAAAGCAUAUGAUAGAGUGGAGUGGAGCUUUCUCAAGGCACUCAUGCUUAAAAUGGGAUUUGCAGAAAAAUGGGUCUCUUGGAUCAUGUCUUGUAUCUCUUCAGUCUCUUACCAAGUAUUACUGAAUUGGGAAGCAAAAGGACACAUACAACCUUCAAGGGGGCUCCGUCAAGGUGAUCCGUUAUCACCCUUUCUCUUUAUCAUAUUAACAGAGGCCUUGAUAGCUCAAAUUCGCGGAGCUGAAGAAGAAGGAAGACUUACGGGUCUUAAGAUAGCAAGGAAUAGCCCACCAAUAUCACACCUCCUCUUUGCAGACGAUAGCUUAUUUUUUUGCAAAGCAGAUGUCCCGCAAUGUGCGGAGGUAAUGAGGAUCAUAGAGACAUAUGGACGGGCAACUGGACAACAACUAAAUGCCUCUAAAUCCUCUGUCUUUUUGGCAAGAAAGUCCCACCCGAUAUUCGUAACGCAUUGA